UUACACUGACAUUAGAGAAUUAUCUUAGAGAACAUCUAAUAAUAUUCAAAGCAGAAUUGAGGAAUGGUAUCUGCUACUUCCUUUUUGCGGUUCGAUUUUAAAAAUGGCAUGAAUUGAACUCAGUAAUAUGACCCUUUUCCAAUACUCGACUUGGGCUCCGUCUCCGGCUUCAACUACAAAAGAGUCAAAUGUAGAAGAGCCAAACAUUUCAGUACUAUAAUUUAAAUUAAACACUUCAGGGUCACAAUUGGGAAUUGGUUUCUUACACGAAGCCUGAGACGGAGACGAAGUUGAGUAUUGGAAAAUGGCCUAUGAAUAUUUAGAAACUUAACUUUUAGUGACGAUGGCCAAAUCAAUUCAUUAUCAUUUGUCUGCACACGGUAUAGCAAAGAGCGCCAGAGCGCUAUCCGUUGCCAGGAUAUGGCAAGGGACUUGUCUGUGCUGGCUGUGCUAAUUUUAUGGAGUUAAAUUUGUUCUUCAGGCGCGUUUAUUUUGGGUUAAAACUGGAUUGCUAUGGACAGCAAUAUUCGACAACUUCUCUCUGCUGCUCAGCAGUAUGGAGUUGAAUCAGAAGGCUCCUUCCUGCAUCAGGCAUAUGACCAGCUCAAGAUAGCCGCUGAGACUAAGCCAACAUCAGAUGGACCACUACCAUUCGGUCAAGAUCUUUACGUACUAUGUGCUGAAAUUGCUUUCCAGUACGGCCUUGUGGACAUCACCAAGGAAUGUCUGAAGAUGUUUUUCAUGAAAACAUCACCACCUAACCAGUUCCUUUGCAGGGCCUACUUGUGUCAGGCCCAACUGUUGGCACCUACUUCAGCUGAAGACAGUGCACAGUUAGACAAGGCUGUAGUUUACUUGUUGAAGGCCAUCAGCUUUGCAAAGGAAAACCCAAGGUAUCAUUUCUUAGUCUACAAUGCUUCGGUCCUGUUCUGGCAAUUCUGCCGUCCAUUUCUCAAGCGGGGCUAUCGCCAGCACUUGUCUAUCAGCUUGCAUUCGGUGGUCAAGGCUCUGGAUGACAUUGAUGAUAAGGACUACGAAUGGCGGGCCCAGUUGAUGAUUGCACUGAUUGAGUGCCAUGUGGAUGCUGGUAGAGUCAAAGAAGCGGCUGAGGUUAGCAAAGCAACAGCUGAGUUCACCAAGACCAAUGUGCCAGCACUCUACAAGCAAGUCUUGGGAUUACAGAUUCGUCACCAGCUGGUGGAUCAUAGCAAACUCCUCAAGGACAUCAAACAUAGUGGAGAUCUGACAGCAUACUACAAGUUGGUCAAACUCAGAGUUUCCUUGGAACAGAAAGAAGCAUCUGACCUUGAUGUGCAGGGAGACAAACUUCUGCGUCAGAUUCUGAUGGAGGAUGACACUUCACGAACAAACAGUGCCCUCAGUGGUCGCAAGACAGCUACACCAGUCAGUGUAUCAGAAGAAGUCAGUAAGCAGCCAGAUACUCAAGGCAGGGAGGACACCUCCUCCCCUGCCUCUUUGACCUCUGUGUCAAAGGUCACAGUUGCAGUUGGCGAUGUCACAAAAAGUCUUUCAGCCGGGGAUGGAUCUGUGCUGCCACGCACUAACAAACGAGCACCUGCAGUGCCUACACCUGCUGCUGCUGCACCGACCCAACCAGAGACUAUUCUGUCUUGCACUGAACCUGUGUAUGCUGUGAGAUCAGUGGUUUCCAAAUGGAGAUCACUCCCAUCCACCCCAGUGUCUAAGUGGGAAAAGGCACCUUUGCUGCUGGAACUAGCUAAUCUUUGUGUUGAGUAUGACCAACCUGACCUCGUUGCAAGAUGUGUAGAUGGAAUGAAAAAUGCCCAUAUCAAGGACAAAGGAAUGUUCCUUCAAAUAGAAUUUCUUGAGUGUUACUUGAUGGUGCUGAAGUUGAGGGAAAAGCAGGAAUCGUACAGUAAACAUUCUGUUGAGGUCCGCAUCCAAGCCAUCAAUCGGUUGACUGAAGCCUUGAUGAAUGCGACGCGGUAUGGAGACCCUAACAUCAUCCAAGCUGGUUGUGUGACCCAGUGGAAUCUCUGUCUUCCAUUACUCCAGACCAACCUAAGAGAACAUUGUCGCAAGCCACUGACCCUAGUAGCAGAGGCUCUGGAGAGCAUCCAGAGUUUGUUGGUAUUGCUUCGAUGCCAAAUUCACACCGAGUUGGCCAAAUGUGAAGAGGAUGAGGAACAAAUACAAGUUGCCAUGGAACACCUCAAGAAGGCUCUGAGUUUGGAUGAUGGAGGCCAGUACCAUGAACGUUUAGAGACAGCUCUCCACCGGUUGCAGUUGAGAGCUGAGUUGUACAAACCACCAGCCAGCAUGGAAGACCAAGCCGCAAUGAUCAUAGAACAGGCCAGGAAGAGUGCUGAGUCAGGUACUGUCAGAAUGAAGAGAUCUCUGCUUGUCAAAGCUGGCCAGGCACUGUCCCCUGAUGCCUUCCUUUUGGUCUUGGAGAGUGAGAAUGAGAUCAAAGGUGGAGGAGGCAAAGGGUACCAGACCAUCAUCAACCAACUUGGUAACCGUGCAAGACACUUCCAAAAGUGCAUCAAGAAAUGUGGCGGUCACAUCAAACGAUUGGGCAGCGAGAGAGACAGAGAGAGAGCCAGGUUGUGGGCGGAUCUAGCCAAGGUGGCACGCAAGCAGGAAGUGUGGGAUGUCUGCCGCGUAGCUGCUCGGUUCACUCUGUUGUAUGAUGAUGACCGCUGGCAUAUGGUCAGACCGUCUACGGGACGUUCGGACACUCGAAAUGAAAGCAUUACUUCAGGCCAACCAGAGCAAGUAGAGACGCCUACCAAGAGUAGAAAGACAGGUUCAGAACCUCCUCCCCAUGAGGUGCCAACUGUGACCCACUCCGACAAGGACCUGAUCCGCACACUGGCCGAGAUUCACUUCUUAAAUGCUGAGUCGUUAAUCCAUCUAUUGAGGUCAGAAGGUGUGAGCUUAAACAAUGAGCCCGUACCUCCAGAGGAUAAAAGCAAACACCCAAAGGGUUAUGUCCCUACGAAGCCUGAGGAUGAUCCAGACUGGAUUACCUAUAGAGAUUGGAUCAAAGACCUCUCUGAUUCCAUCACCAAAGGAUUCCUGAGAGCAUCUGAGCUUGGUGUGCAGCUAAAUGAGCCUUGGGUUGUAUGCAGUGCUGCCACCUACCUGUGGAAUUAUAACAAUCACCUGUUAUCAGGGGACAGACACAGAGAGCUAGUGGCUUGUUAUGGGUCAUUGCUGCAGGACCUUAAACAUGUUGGACAUGCGGGGGAGACAACCAUGCUAGUUAACCUAUGCAGUGCCCUGGCCUAUGGUCUAGUCCAACCCUGGAUCCCCAAAUCUCCAGCCAGAGAAGUUGCACCCCCACCGUCCCCCUCACCAAAGGGUCGAGGGGAGAAAGAGUCCCCAAGGAAGGCCAAGUCAGUCACCAGCCACACGUCGGCUAAGACAAAGAGUCUGACAGUCGACCCAGAUGGAUUGGAUGACAUCAAGAAAGCUCUAGAGGUUUGUGAGUAUGCUAUGGAGGUAACCAAUGGCACCAGACCAAUGGACAUUGUACCCAUCUCAGUCCGUCAUCCUCUCAUCAUCAUCUGGACCAGGGUUAAACAGCUCCUAGGUCAACAGGUUGCUAAAUCCCUGGGAACAGAAGACGAGAAUAAUUUUGAAGGUCAGCGACCUCUCACCCGGGCUUUGGUUGCCUUGGAGAUGAAGGCAUUGAAUGGUAAUGGGCUGACCGACUUUAAGGAAACACCUCCACUGGCAGAGAUUUGCAAUAUGGUCGAGGAAUGCGCCUGGGAAGAUGUCCUUGUAGAGCUUCAAGUUUGGACUCGUUUAGCAGAGCUUGCACUAUCUAGCAGGGACCACCAGUUAGUGAUGCGAGCCACGGGCAAGGCACUGGAGUUUAGUAAGGGUGGAAUCAAGAGCAAGAAGAUGGAUGGGCACAAGACGAUGGUCUACAAUGAGAUGCUGAGUUACUCAAGUCGCAUUCUUGGCCAGAGCUUGAUCUUCAACAUGCAAGGAAAGAAUGCCAUCAGACGAUCUGCACUUGAUGCGUUUCUCAACGCAGCAAGGUAUGGACAGAAGGCCAGGAAUUAUGGAUUGGUGAUCACUGCAGCUAGACUGUACUGGAACGGUUGUCUGCCAUUGGUCAAUGAACCAAUGGAGAGACAGUUACUCAAGCAACCAAUCAUGAUCGUCCUGGACUGUGUGACUGCCACCGCCAACAAGAACAUGAAGAAAGAGGAGGGGACCACUGUGUCCAAUGCUGCACCCCCUGCAGGGCCAACUGCUAAGGGUAACACCUCUUCCCCGUCCCCAACGAGCUCUCCUAUUGCUGGCAUUUUGUCGGACCCAGAGGAUGACUUGACUCUCAGAGCUGCCUUGUACGGGGUCAUGUUCCAGGCUUAUGUUGACCAGGGUGAAUGGGAGGAAGCCUUAGCCGCUAUGGAUAAAGCUGUGGCUGACAUGCCCCGUACCAAACACAGAUUGUUGAUAUUCAAGCAUCGUUUAAUGGUCAAGGCCAAACUAGGAAGAGAUGUCAGUGUAGACAUUGCUAAGUUCAAGGACGAAAGUGAAGACUACCUAUCCACAAUGUGGCACAAGGUGGCGCUGUGCUCUCGAGAUCAGCGUGAGCAGCUGACGUCGUACAAGAAUGCCAUUGAGGUCUUGCAGGCAAGUGCGAGUGAUUGGCAGAAGGUGGAGUAUCUGAUGGAGUUUGCUGAAUGGCUGUACAUCAAUGAAUUUCCCUUGAUGGACUGUCUGGAUCAAUUAGAAUGGGCUGCUGAUAUCUUGCUGAAUAUGAAGAUUGAAACCAGGGCCAAAGUUACCGAGCAAGCAACAGGAAAGUCUAAAAAGAAAAAGGGCAAGAAAUCAGCUGAGCCAGCCCCUCAGUCCCCAGCUGCUCCUCGCUCCCCCACCCCCACAGAGACAAAAACAGCGACAGAGGGGGCAACAGACAGUGAGGGGGAAGAAUCCAAAGCUGCUCGGUUCAUCCCAAUCAAGAAGCAGUCGGUCAUCGGUCUGUCAGCAUCCAACUUGAACCUGUCAGCCGCUGAGCUGACCAGCGUCAAACAACUGGAACAUCUGGUUCGAAUCCACACCAUGCUGGCCAAGAUGGCUGGCUGGGGGUCACCCAUGCACAAGACCUACUGUCUGCUGGCCUGGGGUUUCCUGAUCAGAAUAUGGCAGGUUUCUCUGAGCUCAGCUGGUCAAGUAGCCAAGGAGAUGGCCAAAGUCUCCAUCUCUAAUGAGCAGCAGGGAAACCAGAAGAAUUCAGCCAAGGGUAAACCCAAGAAGGAUGGAGGAAGCAAAGGAGGCAAAGAACAAGACACACCCAGGGAGAAACCCAAGAGGAAAGGCCCACUGGAUGCUGUACCUCAGCAUCCUGAAGACUGGGCCAUGUAUGACGUCCCAGAUGAGAUGCGAGAAGCUUUCAAGGAAGACCACACUGGUGAAGGCAUCAAUAAGGACUCCAUCACAAAACCGACUCUCACCCUCUACUACUUGGAUUGCCUGGUGUCAGAGCUCCGAGGUAUCGGUUACAGUCAUCUGACCUUUCCUGCCCUUGUCUUUGGUGAAGUCGUCGCCAGAGAUAUUGUGGAGUCUAAUGUGACUGGAAACACGUACAGACUACUGUCUGCUGAGAUAUGCCUUGAGCUGAAUCUGACCUCAGCUGCAAAGUUUCACGAGGCUUCUGCUGGUGCUCUGGGUGUCAGUGAAGAUGAUUUGGCCAAGUGUCGAGAGGAAACAGCUCGCUUCAAGGAGAGACAGAACCAGGUCCGGGUAGAGGCACAGCGAGCCAGGGAAUUACAGCGACUCAUGACAGCAGACGAGAAGCUUAAGAAGAAGCCCUCAAGGAUUAUCAUUCCUGCUGACCAAAAGACUGAUAUCAUCGAGUCUGUUUUGGGUCUGAGUAAACCCCUGAGUGGUAUGACUUACAGGCAAGCCUGGACUCAACAAGCUGAGAUCCUUACCAAGCAGGGUUAUUACCAAGCUGCAAGACAACUGCUUAGUGAAGCUCACCUCUCCACUAAGGCAUUUGAUGACAGACACACCGAAGUCCACAUUCUGCAGAACCUUGCAAAGCUAGCCUGCCAAGAGGCCAACUAUGGACAGGCCAUCAACCUGCUCAAGGAAGCUCAGAAGUUUGACGGCAAUGAGUCAUUCUGGUUGGACACCACUGUCCUACUCGUGGAUGCUACACUGGGAGAUCUGGAAGACAGGGAGCGUAACAACAAAGCUAGAGCCAUCAUCCUGAAAGCUCUAGCAUCUUACUCCGAGAUUGCCAGUCAGAGACCAAACAAGAAGGACAUGAUGACCUACAUCAAGGCCACACUGGAUGCUAAAUUUGCAUCAGUUCAGAUCAGCCAGGUCCUUGAGGAGAGUAAAGACACCAUGAAACCCAAGGCACAUCGAGAGCUACAAGCAGCUUGCCAAAGACUGCAACGUAGCGCUGAAGAUUUUGUCAGAGCCGACUACAAGCGAGAAGCAGCACAGGUCAUGCAGCAACAUGCUAGCAUACUCAGGUUGUUUGCUUGCGACAGCGACGAUAAGGAAAUUCAGCAUAGCUUUCUCUUACAAGCCCAGUCCAUCAUGCAGAAAGGAGUUCAGAUGAUGGAUCACCUGCUGCAAGAUGUCUGCACGCUGUCUGCAGUUCAAGAGAUGAGAAGCAUCAGCUUGCCUCUCCAGCGGGAGUCCUGCAUCCUCAAGAUCUCCUACGCUGAGCUCCUGAUCGACAUGUUUGUCAUCUACGCUGAGGAGCAGAGACAACAUCAGCAGGUUGAAGCUCAAAAAGGAGAAGUAGAGAAGCUCGUUGAAGAUUUCAUCUCGGCCACACCGGUACUGACAGAUAUUGACAAGCAAUGGCAGAAGAUGGCAAGCACAUUUGCCACUGGUGCCCUGUCUGUCCUUCAGAGUGCGCACACCUUGGCUGGUUCCAUUGGUCAACUCAAAGCAAAGACUUUGUACAACAUGGGUCGUUGUCUUCGCAUGCUGGCUAGCAGUCGUGGUGCCUCUCCACCAAGCCAGUGGGAUCUCCAAUACAUGAAUCUCACUGCAGGAUCAGGAGUUGGUCAAGGCAGUCAACCAGUGAAGAACACAGAGGAGACAGAAGAUGGGGAAGAAAUGCAUGAUGGGAAAGAUCUGGAUGUGUCCGCCUCUCAACUGAUCAAAUACUCGUCUGUAGCAGUCAACAUCAAGGCAAAUCAGACUUCCUCUGAGCUGUACUUGGCCCAAGCCAGCGAGGUGCUAACCCAGAGUGUGCAACUAGCCCUCCAGAAGGGAGACAGGAAUUUGGUAGCAGCAGGAUGCUUGGAGCUUGUAGAGAGCUGUGGACAGUAUGACAGUGCGAUGACCUCCCAGUAUUUAGCAUUGUAUCAGAGUUGCAUGAGCUCCAAGUGUCUUGAAGACUUGCUUCUGAGGGCACAGCGAGAUCCCUCCACCUCUAAGCAAGCAGCUUUGCUGCAGCAGCGACAGCGACUAGAGACUGAUGCAGCAACCACCAACAUGGGUCACGGCAGUCUGGCCAAGGUGGUUAAUGAAAAUCUGCAAGAAUCCUCUGAGGCAUGGAAACGCAUCGCUGUCAGCCCCCAGCACAUGGAUCUGAUCAAAGAGAUGCCUACAAACUUCAACCUGGUCAUCUUGCAACAUUCCGAAGACAAGUCAACUUUGUAUGGGGCCAUUUUGGAUCGACCCAAACCAGCGGGAGGGAAGGAGGGGGGUAAACCCUCCAAAGGAAGUCAAAGUACUGCAUCAAGGGCAAAGGUCACUCGGACAUUGGUGGAGCCUCAUACUUUAGAGUCACUUCACAGGAGAUUCCGUCAACACAAGCAGGAUGUAAUGGCCACACUGCUGAAGGCAGAGUACCAGCGAUCACAGCAGGCCCAGCGACAGAAGAUGUUGGAGAACAUCUCUGAUGACAUGAAGGAGGACAUCAAGGAUUGGUCUGGCGACAUUGAGAAAGCCGAGGACAAACUGCAAGAGCAGUUUCUGGAAUUGCUGCGAGAGUUGGAAGAAUAUCUGAAGCCCAUCCUAUCUUACUUGGACCCAGCUAUCAGAGCUUUGGAGACACCAGGACCAGCCCCGACAUCUCGCUCAGAUCCAGCCACCUCUGCUACUCCUGAGGAAUGUGUCAUCCUCCUGGCUGAUAAGUGGCUUCUUGAAAUGCCCCUUGAAGCUUUGACCAUCUUCUCGUCACCUGCCAUCACCUCGCUGUCUCGAGACUUCUCUUUGCAGAUGCUGUACCAUCGCAUCCACAAGGAACCAGAAGAGGAAGUGAUGAGUGAUGACAAGAAGAAGAAAGAAGCUGCAAAGAUCAAAGCAGCUAAGGAUAAGGCCAAAGGAGUCAAGAUGGUACCAAUAGAUCGUCCGGUACCACCUAGUUGCCUACCCAUUGAUACGCACAGCUUCAAGUAUGUCGUUGAUCCACAUUAUGACUGCCCGGGAGAAGAAGUCAGUCAUCCUGUGUAUGAGCUACAGGAAGCUUUGAAGCUUUAUAACAACCAGUUCUCAGCUCGUUGGGAGGGAAUUACAGGCAGUGACCAUGUACCAAGUGUGGGCGAGUGGGAAGAACAGUUCCGUGAGUGCGCCGCUUUCAUCUUCUAUGGACUGGAGAAAUUCUUCUCGCAUGUCCCUCCGCAGAAACUGGCUCCCAUGAAUCUAACUGAAUGCCAGUUGGUGAUGAUACUGGAUCUUGUGCAGACAAGCCAAAGCUUUAUGAGACAGUCCAAGAUUGAUGUCCAAAAGAGCAAAAACGAGUUGUCGCUUGAGAAGUCGGUUGAGACAGCCAUGCUGUUGAGUCUGAGUGGGGCCGGCUGCAUCAUAGAGAAUCAGUGGCAUUGCACAAAACAGCAGAAUGCCAACAAAUUCCAGACAAUAUUGAAAGCUCUGUUGGAGAUUGGAAGGACAACCGGUCAAACGGUCCGUCGGAUGUUCAUUCCGACCUGGAAGCAGGAGGGGGAGGAGGAAGAGGAAGGCGAGGGGGCGGAUGACAAGAAUGACGGCAAGACCAGUGUGGCAUCGCAGCCUCAGAAAGCCAACGGCAGUGACAGCAAAGGAGACAAGUCCAAGAAUGCCAAGGCCAAAGGCGACGAAGGGGGCAAGAGUGCAAAGGUCAAAGGUGAAGAGGGUAAGAGUGCAAAGACCAAAGGCAAGAAAGAGGAUAAAAAGGAAAGUCAGGUGGCAGAGGUGAAGGGUCAAGGGUCACUGACUAGUGUAACAAGUAAAGAACAGUUGGCUGGGGGUGAAGAGUUGGAGUUAAUUAACAGGCAUUGGUUUAACUGUGUGUGUUAUGGGUUGCCUAACCUGAUGGUGACCCAAGUUAAUUAAUUGUAAGGUUCAAAGGUUGAGUUAAAUGGAAUUUAAAAGUUUGUUGUUUCUGAUAUUUAGUUUCUUUGAUGGAUUUGGGGUGAAGCUGGAACACUGGUGUCAGUUUUACAAAAUACAUGUUAUUCCUCAGUGGACUUUAGUUGCUGUCUCUACACAUAUUUCGAGCUUUUGCCACUGUUUUUAAUACUGUGUCACCUACAAAAUGGGUUAAGUGUUCGAGAAUUUGCAAAAACAACAAAUUCUCCUUUCACAUGUACAUUUUGUUCAGCCACCCUUUAAUAGACUGUC